AUGGACCAAGACGAUUAUCCUCAAAAUAUCGAGGAAUUCAUUGACAUAGUACAACCAGCUCCGCCACAAAUGAAGGAGGGAGGUCAAGCCACGAUUGAUGAUAUCCAAAAAAUUAAUCUUGGUAUAGUUGAUAGCCUAAAACCUAUCUUUGUCAGUGCUUUGUUAACACCGCAAGAGUUAGAAGAAUACACAAAAUUGUUGCAAGAGUAA